GUAAUUGUCAGUUUGUAUGUCAAUAUAAUUUCAUGAUACAAUAGUUUUUUUUAGGUAGAACCGUGUUUUAUCCAAUUAAUAUCGAAUGUAGACGUAAAAAUUGUAAAUCCCUACAAGUAUGGACAAGUACGAUACGUCACAGUUAACUGAAUUCCCACGUUUCGAACCAGAAUCAUCUCAAAGUGGAGUGUCCACGUUUUUUUCGAAAUUGUUGAAGUUUCCCAUAUUUUCGCCAAGUGAAACGUCAGAGAAUUUACAGGAAAAAGUAGAUAGUGAAGAGAAACAGGAGACCCCACAGAGUGAAGAUCAAAGUAAGCAAGAUGAUGAAGAUACGAAGACUGAAAUAGGCAGUUAUGCUGUGGAGUUUGAAGGUCGUAGUUUGCCGAAUGUUUUGAAGAGAAUUAGUAGCCUAGUUGCUAUGGGAUCUGGGGGUGGAACAAGAUAUGCAGACACAGAGCUAGCUCGUUAUUGGAUGCCUGACGAUAUAUCCAGAGAGUGCUAUGAGUGUGCUGCCAGGUUCAGCACAUUGCGACGCAGACAUCACUGCAGAGUCUGCGGACAGAUAUUCUGCUCUCGGUGCUGUAGUCAAAGAGUUCCAGGUCAAAUAUUUGGCUGUGCCGAUGGCUUGCGUGUCUGCAACUACUGUUGUAACAUUGUGCUCAGCUAUUUGCGCGAAAAUGAUAUGACUGGCGACAUCUCUCCGGAUCUCAGAACAUUGCAGGAGAACUUGCAGGUCAAGUUUCCGGAUAACAAAACACAAUCGAACUCCAAUAAAGGAAGGCAGAAGUUCAUGUUCGCGCGCGAGCAGGACGAGCGAUGUGAGCCUCGCGCGACGCCAAAAGAAAACCUACAGGACGUCUACCGGCAGCUGUCCUUCUCUCUCCCCACACAGCAACACAGGUACCGCCUGGUGCGAUACAACGGUGUUUGGCGCGGCUGCGAUAUACUCCAAUGGAUUAUGGAUAACACGAGCAACAAAACGAGAGUGCAGGCAAACCAAAUUUGCCAGAAUCUCCUGCAGGCUGGCUACAUGGAGUGUGUGUCGGAGCUGCCUUCCUUCGCGGAUUACGCUUUGUACCGGGGCACAGUGCUGCCGCCCACGAUGUCAACGGAAGAUGAGAAACAAGAUGAAGAAUGCACCAGACUAGCUGAAAGUGUAUCAUCGUACUGUCUAGAUUUGAAUCUAGACAACAAUUCAGCUAGACUCAUUAAAGCUCCAAAGACGGAAGUUAAAUCAUCUCCGUCUAGCGAGGAAGAUAACCCAGUGCUCGGAACUAACGAAGGCUACACAGAAACGAUAAAGAUCAGCAAAGCGAUCUCAGAAUGUGGCGAAGAACAUCUGAAGCUUUUGAUGAGGCAAUGUGUGGCGCGCGAGGGGUUACCCGCAUGCUGGCUGCCGAUACUGUAUCCUCUGUGCCAGCAAGCGGCCGACAUCAUCAUGCCAGAGAUGCACAGCAGCGACAUGGACGUGCGCCACUACGUGCAGGUGAAGAAGGUGACGGGCGGAGCGCCGCGCGACUGCUGUCUGCUGCGGGGGCUCGUGCUCACCAAGAAUGUGGCGCACAGAGGUAUGCCCCAAGAGAUAUCCAAUCCGACUAUACUGCUAUUGGACUGUUCCAUAGCCUACCAGCGAAUGGAGGGCAAGUUGACUUCUCUGGAGCCAGUGUUGUUGCAGGAAGAACAAUAUUUAGUCCGUUGUGCAGCUAGGAUAUGCGCGCUGCGCGCCGACGUGGUGCUGGUGUCGGGCGCGACGGCGCGCGGCGUGCAGCACGCGCUGUGCGGCGCGCGCGUGUCGCUGGUCGCGCACGUGCCCGCGCGCGCGUUGCGGCGUGCGCAGCGCUGCACGCGCGCUGACUUGCUCACGUCUCUCGACGCCAGGAUUGGCACGCCUAGAUUGGGGUCCGCUAAGAAAUUUUAUGUUAAGAAUUAUUCUAGCAAAACACUAAUGAUACUAGAAGACUGUGCGGAACCAAACCUCGGCUGUUGCAUUCUUCUCCGCGGCGCGUCCCUGCAAGAGCUCAUCCGAGUGAAGAAAGUGGUCAAAUUCAUGCUCCUAGCCUGUUACAACUGGAAACUUGAGAGAGCCUUCCUUGGGGAUAUAGAAGCUACGUUACCUGAACCGGGAAUGACUUUCGAAGAUGACGACAAUGAAAAUGAUGACAAAAAUGAUAAAAAUUAUGACAAAGAUGACAUUUUUGACACAAACAAUGACGUGACUGAAACGAAAACUGAUUUGACUGAUAAAAUUAAUGUUCUAAUUAACGUUGAGGAAGACGAUUCUAAAAUGUUCACGUCUGAGAGUUGCGAUGAUCCUUUGCAAAAGAAGUCGUAUACUAGAAAGACAGAUAGUGAGAAGAAUUUUAGCGGGGUCCCAAUUCAAGAUUUUAGCGAUCCUUUGCAUUCUAGAUUGUCAGUGGACGAUGAAGUGUUCUUGCCUAAAGAAGAGGUUAUUUUGAAGGCUGAUGAUACACAUACUGACAGGUGGACCACCGACGAUGUGGUGCUCUCAAUGUCUCCAAACGUCAUAAUCCCAGCGCCGUACCUGGAGACAGAGGCGGGAAAACGCUGCUCUUUGCGCGCUUAUUUGCCGCGCGUUUCCGCCGCUUCGCAACCGCGCGUGACGCCGCACACGCCGAAGUCUGAACAGAGAAGACUCAGUCGGCCUAACCAACCUUCCGUUGUAUUAAAGGAAAUGCACCCGUUUAUAAAGAACCCCAUCACGAGCCCCGCAGACGACCCCGCGAACAAAGCUGCGCUUGCGCAUUUCCGGGCUACAGGCUGUCGACUCGUCACUGAUAAACAUAAGUUGCAAUGUCCCUUAUACAAACCGUCCGUAAUCAAAAAGAACCACAAACUAGUAGAACUAGAAGUAGAACCAGAGAAACAGGAGGAACCACUCGACCCACUAACGCCGGAGAACCACCAGAGGCUGAGCUUGUUGCUGUACAGUUAUAGUAAUAAGUCGGCUAAUGUGCCCGAUUUUUGUGUCAAUCCAUGGAUUGUAACGAUGGAAAUGUACGGACGGCACGACAUAUCUUUGGGCGCGUUUCUAGAGAAGUACUGCUUCAAUUCGGAUUAUAAAUGCCCUUCCACUAACUGCCAAGUGCCCAUGAACCAGCAUAUCAGAAGAUUCGUACAUGGUGAUGUGUGCAUAACGAUCUCUUGCAACACCAUUGGCCAUAGUAACGUGGAUAAACUGAAAGAGGAAUCUAGCAAACAGAUAAUGUUCUGGUCGCGCUGCCAGCGCUGCGGGUCCCACGGGCGCGCGCGGCGCGUGUCAGAGAGCGCGCGCGCGCUGUCGCUGAGCGCGUACCUGCGCCUGCGCGUGUCGGCGCUGCGCUACGCGCGCGCGCGCGUCUGCGCGCACGCGCUCAACGCGCAGACGCACGCGUUCGUUAAGGGAUUGACCACGGCAUGUUUUAGAUACAGCAAGAUAUCAACCUACGACAUAGAAUUGCCCCCGGAAGUGAUAGCUACUCGGUACGACACCAAACAAAUGCGGGAUGCGCUCAUACAACAGCUUAACGAACUCAUGCACAAAGGUCACGAGACCUUCAGCGGGUUUUCCGAUAGCGAAGCCGAUGUGGACUACCAGUCGUUCAAACAGCACAUGGAGCAUAUACACUUGGUCCUCACGGCCGCCAGCCUCAGCGAACAGAAUUCACUCGCAGCCGUUGUCCGCUGCCUGUGGAGCGUGUCCGACCGCAUCAUUACGGGGGAGAAGAUGUUGCGCGACGCUCAGGACAAGUGGUCCACUCCUGCCAGCAAGGCUUCCAAACAGACCGUGGACAAUUCUGUGGAAGAGAAAGAGAAAGACAAAUCCGACCUAGAAGAUUCCGCCGGCGAAGGCACAGAAGCUUAUACCUUUACAGAUAACUCCAAAGAUGAGAAGGAAUAUACUACGUCUACAGCUGCAGAGGAAGACGAAGAGAAAGGAGACAAGAAAACAGUCAGACAGAUCCUGUCACAAUUAUUGUCCAACAAUCAGCCGUCUCAUCAGAGCGGAAUAAUCAUAUCGGGGGGUGCGGUGCCGGUCGUGGUAGCGGCGGGGGAAAUAGGCUCUGUCAUAGCCGCUACACUCGCCUCUGUGGCCUACCAACGAUCGCUGCGAAACAGCGCACAGCCCGAGUGUGAAGACAGUGAAAACGGCGGUUCGAGUAGAGACAAGGCGGACGGCGAGAAGUUUAACAAAGCGACGAAGACCAAUGAUCAUUUUGAAGUAUUGCUCAAGGACGGCCUCCUCUGCCGCGUGUACUACCCGCAACAGUUCCAGAAGCUCCGCCACAUGUUGUUGGCGCCACUGAAUUCGAACCCGCACAUCGCGGACGAGUUCGCGAGGCAACACGACCGCAUCACAGGGGAGAAGUGCGGCUGUGAAGAUUCCAAAGAAAACAAAAAUCUGUGCGAUGUGGAGGAGGGUUUCAUCCGGUCGCUGGCGCACUGCGUGCCGUGGGCCGCGCGCGGGGGCAAGUCUGGAUCUACGUUUUGUAAAACUGAAGAUGACAGAUACGUACUGAAAGAGAUGACCAAACCGGAAUGGCAACAGUUUCUGGAGUUUGCACCGCACUACUUCAACUAUUUAAUCAACUGUCAUCAGAAUAAACAACCAAGCCUAUUGGCUCGAAUCCUAGGCGUGUACAGUGUAGGUGGCGCUGGUAACGGAGUCCUCGUGAUGGAGAACAUCUGGUACUCGUGCUCGCCCAAGGCGAAGAGGUUCGACCUCAAGGGCUCCAGCAGACAUCGACUCAUCACCGAUACGCAGCCCCUCUCUAUACUGAUGGACGAGAAUCUGCUCAAUUUGCGCUGGGAAACACAACUGUACGUGCAAUCUCACGUGGGCAGCGUCAUCUGGACCUGCAUCGAGCGAGACACCACCUUCUUAGCGCAGCACGCUGUUAUGGACUACUCUCUGCUGCUGGGCAUAGACGACAACAAGCUCGUGUUGGGGGUCGUAGACUACAUCCGAACGUUCACAUGGGACAAGAAGCUGGAGCACCUGGUGAAGAAGAACCUGGGUUCAGGUUCCCCGACCGUGGUGUCGCCGGCGGACUACAAGCGGCGCUUCAGCAUCGCCUGCCGCAAGUACUUCCUGCAGUGUCCCGACCACUGGGACCACCUCACAAACACCAUAUACGCUUAACCAUACAUAUACUCCUUUUCACGCACUAUAAUGUAUUUAUGAAUUUAUUUACACAUAGAUGUUGCCCGGGGCUUCGAUCCCGUGGGAAUUUAGAGAUAAAUAUAGCCUAUAGGAAUUUCGGAUAAUGUACCUUGGUGAAAUAUUUUUUGAAAUCGGUAAAUUUGGUAGUUUCGGAGAUUACCCGCCUCACACAUACAAACUCACAAAGUCACACUUCUUUAUAAUAAUAGUAUAGAUUAAACUUGAUGAUAUAAAUGAGUACAAGGGUGCUACUUUGAAAUGAAAUCUCUUUUACUAGAUCAUGCAUGAGUCAUCGAGUUCAUUAUAGAAUACCGAUAUGUAGAAGAUGAACUAAAUAUUAAUUACAAUCAAGUUUCUUAGUUUAUUAUUAUUCUAUAGUAAUAUUUUACUCUGCCUUUAAUAAAAAGGGGUAUACCUAGAAACACGAGGUAUUUAGAGGCAGAAUGGCGCGUGUAUAAAAUAAAAUAAAAAUUGGCUAUUGUCCAACCAGUCAAAUAACUAAUGUCCAACAAAAUAUUUUAAAUGGGGGCUUGACAUCACGGAUUUUGGAGUCAAAAAGCAUUUCUAAGAUACUUUAACGAGACGGAAAAAAUAAUUAAUCUCGUAAUUAAUAAAACUGAUCAAUUGAAGAGUGACAUUUAAUUAUCGUGUUUGAUUAUUGAAAUACCUUCAUACAUUUUUAUUUUUCACCCGGCCGAAUUGUCACUUGUUAAUGUAGGUAGUAGUUAGCCAUAAAAGUUCACGUAAAAGUUGAUAAUAGUGAGUGCAGGUUUCCUCACGAUGUUUUUUCACUGGAAGCGAAUGGUGGUAGAUGAAAACUAGACCAUUUUCUGGACCAUAGGUGAGAAACAUAGAGAAACUCGCGUGUCUCACAGACAAGGAUACUGGACCUUUGGACCAUUGAGCGAGACACCAUCUUCUUCGCUUCAUAGCCUACUCUCUGAUCCUAGGCAUAGAUAAUAGCUAUGAAUUAAUAGUGGCGAAUGGUGGUAGAUGAAACUUCUAUAAAAGCUAUUUUAUUGUAUUAUAAAAAAUAAACAAACAUUUCUAAUGGAUUUUUAUUACGUAGCAUUUUCUCGAAUAAAUUAGUGAGACGUUAAAAUAUAAUUAAGCUGAUUUAGUAUAAUAUAUUAUGUACUAUACAUUCCUUUAAACCAUUAUAUAUAACAUCCAAUAUAUAAGUUAAACUUAGUUAAAAUGUUAAGUUAUAAAAUAAAACACAUGUGUAUA